AUGACAGACCGAUCCAAAAAGACAACUAGCCCCCGCACGGGUCAAAAUGUCCUCCGCUGGCGCGAGAAGGUCGCAGAGGUAGUCGCCCCGCCCCGCCCCCGCGUCGCCGAAUCCCAGGCUACACCCGCGCAACCCACCGACGCCCCCGGCGGCAACAUCAUCAACAAUAAACCUGAUAUCGAGGUGGACCACCUCAAGACUCAGAGCAAGUACAGAAUCAAGUUGAGCAGCGUGGUAGAGUCCACCACAGCCAUUUCUUUUGUCUCGGGACCCGUUUGGAAUACCCGUGGAUAUAGCCCCUGCGCCUCCAAAUUGGAGUACCAUCCUUCCGAUUCAGCACGCACAGAAAACAUGCUCGGACAUCAUAAAGAGGGGAAAGCCAAGCGCUAUAAUAUCGACCCCGCUCUUGAAGACCAACAGAGUCAGGGCAACCACGACCAACCCCACACGCACACCCCCGAGUACACCCGCGAGAACACUUAUCCAUUCACCCCAAGCACCGGGAUUGAAGACGCGGAGAUCCACGACCAGUUUAAAGCUUCUCCGACCGCUGCUAACGCCGACGAUGACUCGUUCGACGGGGUUGACGGUGAGAUCCAUCCAAGCACUGUGAGCUCACCCGCCUUUCGCAAAUUCAAUGCCGACCGUGUUGAACUAGAGAUGGGUGAAGUUGGGUUGAAGGACUUGAGAAAGGUCUUGAGGUCCGGGAUUCGCGAUGCGAAAAAGCACAGGGUCGAAAACACACCAGCCAGCGAAGACGAGCAUCCGAAAGGCCGUGCGGACCUCAAAAGGCCUUUCUCCAGUAUCAAUUAG